CCGCUGAUAGCGAAAGAUGGGUGUCACGGUUAAAAUUCUGGUCUUGCUGCUGGCCAUCGGCGGUGGAUUGGUCUACAAGAACGUGAGCCAAAUAUGGGCGGACCUGCCCAUUCCCCAGUUGGAUCCUCAGGAAUGGUGGGGCGAUGACGCGCAACCGAAGGAUUAUGCGGCAUAUUUGGCCAAUAGCUCAGAGGUGAUAGGCAACAGGCUUAGUUAUCCGGAAAAGACUAUUACUGAUCUGAAGAACCGCUUGAAUCGCACUCUGCGUCUGACGCCUCCCCUCGAAGGCGUGGCUUUCGAAUAUGGUUUCAAUACGGAUUACCUUAAGGAGGUCGUGGAAUACUGGCGCGAUGAUUACCUGCCGCGUUGGCGGGAGCGAGAGGUGUUCCUUUGGCAGUUCAACCACUUCACCACCGACAUUCAGGGGCUACGCGUACACUUUCUCCACCUGAUGGUUUAUGAUGAAAACAAAGUGGGCAAGAAUCACUAUCCGGUUUUGUUGCUGCACGGCUGGCCGGGAUCGGUGAGGGAAUUCUACGACUUGAUCCAUUUACUGCACCAAAGCAACCUGGAUGAGAACAACAAGUACAUCUUCAACGUGGUAGUGCCCAGUUUGCCGGGCUAUGGCUGGUCAGAGGGAACUUCGAGAAAGGGUUUGGGACCCGCCCAGGUGGCCGUGAUGAUGAGGAAUCUCAUGCUGCGCUUGGGCUACGACAAGUUCUUUAUCCAAGGUGGAGAUUGGGGCAGCAUUAUUGGCAGCAAUAUUGCCACCUUGUAUCCGGAUAACGUCUUGGGUUACCACUCGAAUAUGUGCAACAACUUGAGUCCUAAGUCCAUGGUCAAGGGUUUCGUGGCCGGUUUGUGGCCAAGUUUGUUUGCGCCCUCCGCCUAUCAUGACUUUUUCUUCCCGAAAUCCAAUGAACUUAAGUAUCUGAUGGAGGAAAGUGGCUACUUCCAUAUACAAGCAACCAAACCGGACACCAUUGGAGCCGCACUCACCGACAAUCCAGUGGGUUUGGCCGCCUACAUCCUGGAGAAGUUCUCCACGUGGACGAAUCCCAGCUAUCGAUCUCUGCGGGAUGGAGGACUCACGAAACGCUAUAAAAUGGACGCCCUGCUCGACAACCUGAUGAUCUACUACCUGACCAAUUCGAUCACCACCUCGCAACGUCUCUAUGCGGAGCAAUAUGCCAAGGAGCAGCAUGACUUGCAUCUGGAGAGGGUUCCCACCAAAGUGCCCACGGGAUGUGCGCGGUUUAAGAGCGACAUCAUGCAGUUCCUGGACUACCAGUUGCAGGAUAAGUUCACAAACCUGGUGCACAGCACCUACUACAAAAAGGGUGGACACUUUGCCGCUCUGGAAGUUCCAAACGUGCUCUACAAGGACUUUAUAGAAUUUGUUAAGACUGUAGAACGCAAGUUUAGAAUUAAGACGUUGUAGAUUGUUUUUAAUAAAAAGAAUUCCUUUUCGAAAAAA